CGUCCGAGUGUUUAUUUACUUCUAAAGUUCCGCUUACCUUCCUGCCCUCAUCGCCCUCAACAAAACCGUCGACGCAGUGCGGUGUAAGCCUGAAGAGAAAAACCGAACUGAUCUAUACGAUGGAUGAUCUCAAGUAUUUGCAGCCUGGAUUUAAUCCGGCAAAUCUUAGGGUCGUUGAUCUCAGACGCGUAUUGCUGUUUCACGAGGUUCCGUUCCCGUCUGCCGCCCGAAAGGCGACACUUGUUGAUAUCUUUCGAACUUAUAUAAGUCCGCGCGCUGGGGAGCUUUUGGCCAGUCUGUCUGUUGGUGGUGGCGAUGUCCCUGCUAUUGUGGACGCGAACAUAACAUCGGCACAAGUUACACAACCUCGGAAGAUAUCUUCUACUACUACACCUAGAAAGCGACAGCAAUCGCCGGUAGAGGCUGUUCCGAAGCAUGAAGAUUUGGAUAAUACAGAGGCGGGCCGUCUAAAGGCGGAGGAAGAGGGAAGUCCGUUUUCGGCGCAGAACCCGUUUCAGUCUCCACGGGUUGAGACAAAAACUCCGUCGCGAGCCAGAAAGAGUUCCCAGAUAGUAAAGGCCCGCUCGCCCAAGACUCACUCGUCGCCUAUGUCAAGCACAGGCUAUGAACCUAGUAAAGAGAGUCUGGCAACGUCGCCAGCAAAUUUUUCUUCCGAUAUGUUUGCGCUGGAUUCCAUGCAGUAUCCUGAACCUAGCGAAGAAGACUUCGCAGCGUCUUAUGAAGAUGUGUCUGUUGCUGGCAGCGAUUCUGUUGAGGAUGACGAGGAAUACUAUGAGGAGAGUGUUGAUGAAGAUGAGGAGAGUGUUGAUGAAGAUGAGGAAGCUGAUGAAGAAGAUGAUGAGGAAGUUGACGAGGAGGAAGAGGAAGAGUUUGAUGUCAGUCUGUUGGACGGGUCUCGAGAUGCUCCUCCCUUUCAGUUUCCAUUUGCAAUUUUUGGUGUUUGGAUCAUUUUUUUGCUUACCUCCGUGUCAAUAUGGUGGUGGAAAAGCGAGAGACUUCGCACGGGAUACUGUGAGAUUGAAGGUCAAGGCGUACAACUGGGUGGAGAUUACGAUAGCACGAAUCUCCUGUCUUAUUUUGAGCUUGACUGCUUGCCGUGCCCAGAGCAUGCGAAGUGUUAUUCAGAUUUGAGGGUUGAAUGUGAGCCAGACUAUAUCUUUGUUCGCAGUCCUCUGUCGUUGGGUGGAUUUCUUCCGAUAGCGCCUAAGUGCGUUCCUGAUAGCGGAAAGCUCGAGAAGGCAAGACAGCUUCUAGAUGUUGAGCUUUUGCUUCUUCGCAAGAGACUGGCUGAAGUCGAGUGCAGUGGUGUCGCUAAGGACAAGAAUGAUGCCACGAUUUCUGUGGAAGAGCUAAAGUCAACAUUGUCUGCGAUGAAAUCUUCCAAGAUUCCUAAUGGUGUGUUUGAGGAGCUCUGGAAUAUUUCUUACAAGGAUUUGACAUUGCAAGAUGAGGUAUAUGUUGUUAGUGAAGAAUUUGGCGACCGCGUGGGAUCCAAAUCUGAAGAAGAGUUCCCAUGGACGUGUGUGCUAAAGUUGGAGCUUCGAGAGUUUUUGAAGGCCAACCGUCUGAAGAUUACACGUAAGGCUUUUUUCUGAUUUAAGCGAGAGAUUUGUGACGGGUUGCUGAUACAUUACGUUUGAUUGUUUAGUACUCGCUAUUGCGCUCGCAACGUUCAUGCUUAUAACAUCUAUGGCGAAUGGGAUGCGGCUACAGCAGGUGAAAGUUCGUGAGCUUUCUCAAGCGUGUCUACGUAUUAUGCAAGAGCAGCAGAGACGUAGCGACUCGGACACUAGUGGUAGAAUUCCGCGGUUUGUUGUUAUGGCUCAGCUGAAGGACCAAUUGCUGAAUACCGACGAAUUUAGCG